AGACAAUUGGGAAACGUCAAAGUGACGCAUCAUAUACAAAGUCUGUCAUUCCUCCGCAGUUUUAUUUACGUUCCAUAAUCCUGAGAUUUCCUGACGAUGGAUACCUCAAGGAAGUAUCCAGUCUUAACGAUUCUCCUCAUAUUUGCCGUAGUCGCCCCUGGUCUUGCCGUCCGCUGUUACCAAUGCUCGACGGGAACAGACCCCAAAGGAGUGGACAGUUGCGGCGCCUACAAGAGGUUCAACAGAUCCGAGCACAUCGCCAUCGAGUGCAACAGCGACGAAUCGCACAUGCCCGGGUCGUUUUGCAUGAAAGUCGUCCAGCAAAGUCCCAGAGGCUUCAUCUGGGACGGUCGGUGGCGACAUGUAAUCCGGCGAUGUGCCUCCGUGGCGGAGACAGGCGUGACGGGAGUCUGCAAUUGGGGCGUCUACGAGAACGGCGUCUACUGGCAGGAGUGCUACUGCGCGGAGGACGGCUGCAACUCCGCUCGGACAAUAGGAGUCUCCGCGGUUGGCCUUCUGCUGGGCAUCGUUGGCUAUCUACUGAGAUAACUCCAGAAAGUCC